UUGCGUGGGAGUUUGCGUGGGAGUUGUGGGUCUGCGCAUGUGUGGGGUGGGUCUCCUACAUCAAUACAAAUUAAAUUGGAAUAGGUUCAGAAGGCUGAUCAUUUUUACUUAUUCUUCGUAUCAGUAUUGGGGCAAUCUCGAUGCCCGCAUCCAUAUUGUUUUGAACUGAAGUGCAACAGGAACCUUUCGAUCGUGUCUUGUGACGAUCAUUGUCAUUGUCGAAGGUCGAAGGGACAAGGGCGUGUAAAUUUCCAUUUUCCAGCAUAUGGCUGCAAAUUCCGAGCUCAACGACAAUGAAGGAUGGGCGUUCAAGACGGAGGACCAUGUUCCAACAUCAGGGGAAUCAGCUGAAACAGCUUGUGAACCCAACAGUCAGCUUGACUCCAGACCAGCUGGAAAUCGCAGCUCUCCAAGGGCACGGGUCAACCCCUUCCUGGCACGACAGCACUCCGGGGACAUCCAGCAAGGAAUGGCCACAUCACAAGGAUUCUGUAUGCCUGGUAUACAGCCUGAGGUGGUCAGCACACAGCAGGUGACUGGAGAUCAGCAGCAGCUCGCCCAUACUGUAAAUAACAAGCCGGUGAUGCCUGCAAUGCAGUCUGCUAUGGGGCCAGUCUCCAAGUCCAGUGGCCAAGAUUCCACCCUUGAUUGUUCUGCAGUGGACUCAACAUCCACAGACACACAGCAACCAGUCAGCUCAGUUCAUCUUUCCACCAUAGCUGGAACUGCGGGCGAAGAGCCCAGCACUGUUGAAGCUAUAUCUGACUUGGUCAGUAUUUCCCUUUCAUCUUCUGCUGCUACUACCUCUGUGGCCUCAUCUUCCACUCCAGCUGCAGCCUCCUCAACAUCUACCUCUGCUCUGAUCCUCUCUACCGCCGCUGACACGGCUCAGUCCGCUGACCCAUACAGCCCUCAUUCCUCCGUCAACACCAGUGCCAUUCCGGCCAUUCCCCCACCUCCCACCACAACUGCCGCCUUCAGCCUAUCCUCGCCGCCCACCCCGUCCUCUCCGUCCUCCUACGCUCGGCCGUCCUCCCCUCAUUACUCGUCCUCUCCUCACCAGCUGUCGGCGCUGCACUCGGAGCUCGGUGCGGACGGCGGCUGGCCGCACGGAGCCGUCUCCUCGGGAGACGAGGACUGGGAGCGCCGACCCCCCGCCGAGCGCUGGGCGCCGCUCGGGGAGCGCUGGGCGCCGCUCGGGGCCAACGACGCAGACGACGAGCAGGACGACAGGGACUUCUGUCUGGAGGACAGCAGGCGGUCCUCCCUCGGCUCGGCGGACCUCGGCCGGCUCCGGAAACUGGAGGAGGAACAGGAGCACCUCAACAACUCGCUGAUGGCACUCACCACACACUUUGCCCAGGUCCAGUUUCGGCUGCGUCAGAUCGUGGAGGCGCCCGGCGAGGAAAAGGAGCAGCUGCUGCGCGAGCUCGAGACGUUCGCCUUCCGCGGCAUCCCGGACGUGCGUCAGUACAAGCUGGACGAGGAUGACGAACAGGAACUGACUAACGAAUGGAAGCAUCAGGAGCUGGUGGAGACGCAGCGGAUCAAGCAGCGGGAUCUGAUGCAGCAGCUGAAGACACAGCUGGAGGACCUCGAACACUACGCCUACGAGACUGGCGAGGCCGGACUGCCAUCUAGCGUCGUACUCGAGAAACAGCGCGUCAUCAUUGACGAGCUGAAGGGGAAGCUGAACAUCGACCUGAACAACCUGGACCGUAUGACCUCCGAGGACCUGAAGAGCCUGGUGGACUGCGCCGUGGGACAGCUGAUCAAUCCGCUCAAAAUGAAGGAGCAGCUGGUGAAUCAGCUGAAAACACAGGUUCAGGAUCUGGAGAGGUUCAUAUCGUUUCUGCAAGGCGAGACUGAGGAUGGCGGCUGUGACGGCAGCUGUCGGCGCAGCGUCGGCGUUGGCGGCGCAGUGUCCACCUCUGGAGACGAUAGUGGCGCGGCAGGAGACUCGUCCAGUCAGCGCCCCCGGCUGAGGAGGCGCUCGUCUCGACACCACAGGAGCGGAAAAUUCCAGAGCGUUCACGAGGAGACGAGCUCGAUGAUGAGGCGGGCGCUGACGCUGCUGCAGCUGAUGACGCUGACGCAGUUUGGCUGCGGUGGACACUCGCACCGCUUCUCCAGCAACGAGCUCAAGAAGACGCCGCGAGGCAACCACUGGGGUGACUUGCGGGCGCGCCUGGAGCUGGCCGUGUCGGCCGUCUCGGAGCUGGCGCGCGAGUCCCUCCGUCAGCAGCAGGAGAUAUCGGACAGAGGCACAGACGACUCGGACGCCGCGGGACCUCCGGCCGCCUCCGGGGACCGUCUGACCCUGGCCGUGAGGAGAGAGCUGGCCAUGGCACUCCGGGAUCUGAUGCAGCACGGACUCCUUCAGCUGAGCAAGAGCCGUUCGGUGGUUCCGUUCGCCGGCUGCCUGCCGUCCCGUCAGUCGGCACCGCGUCUGCUGCACGCCUGGGACCUGAUACUGGUCUACUACCGCCUCAAACGGGGUCACCAGUACAACGCCACGCCGCAGCGUCGGCUCUCUGAGAGCUUCGGCCUGUCGGUGGUCGGCGGCACGGCCAUCACCAGCAAACACACGCUGCUGAGCGCCAUUGGUAACAUUAUCGCCAGUCACACGCCGCUCAAAAGGUCGGCUGACGCCCACUUCAAGGCCUUCGUCUGCGCCGGGCUCAACGCCCGUAAGCUGAGCUCGUGGCUGCGUCUGAUCCUGACCACACAGGCCAUCACGGAGGAGUACUACCAGCCCUGGAGCUACGUCGUCAGCACAGGCUUUGACGACGGGCUGCAGUGCCUGGCCCGGUUGGAGAAGUUGCGGUUCGCGCUGCCGGAGGACCUGGCCGUACGGCAACUGAAGAACAUCAGAGACGCAUUCUGAGGACACUUCUCCGAAAGAGAGUGGGAACUGAGCACACCCGGGGAGACUGGGAUUACAUAUCGCUGUCGUCCGGGUGGUGCGCUGGAAUGAUCUACUUCUAUAACCUGUCGUUCAAGCCACAGAUGUUUAUCCUUAUCGUUGUUGGUGGUCGAGCUUGUGACGCGGCGAAGUCUCCGAGCUUUCUGUCAUGAAUCACGAUCUAUUUACUGGCGCGACGGACGGGGUUUCGUCCGAUGAAAGUGACUGAGGCGACGAGGGAAUGCGCCGGGCGAUUCGGGGUUGGACAAUAACCGGAGGUGACGGGCGGAUUGGUCAAUUGUAUCUCAGUCACAAUCGGACACGGGCCAUGCGAACCGGAAUGUAUUUAUUUAAUCGUACGCUUCACACACAUGGACAAGAAACAAAAGGCCGAC